AUGGGUCGAGAGAAUUUUUUUCACGUCGAAAAGCACGCGAACGACGCGUUGCACAACCCACCGAGCGCGGGACGGACGCACACCCAUCGAGAGAUCGACGCGGCGAGCCGAGCGUUGGGACGACUGGACGACGGUUUUCGAAGGAAACGAUCGAGGGCGAGCGAUGCGAGCGCGUCGCGAGGUCUCAGGGCGGGAGACGUCGUCGUCGUCGACGGCGCGGUCGUGCGCGUGAACGUGGACGCGCGACCGGCGGAGACGGCGACGCGGGCGACGCGGCGAGAGGAGGUCACGCGCGCGCUCGCAUCGACGCGAACGUUCGCGGAGCCGGAGCGAUGGAAGACGAUGAAUCGAAUAGAGAUGGGAGGUACGGGUGGGGCGACGCAGCUGAGGGAGGCUCGCCGGGCCGCGCUCGGGCUCGAUGGGGGACGACGUCGAGAACGCGACGCGGACGACGAUGACGGGCCGACGGUAGUUCCAGAGGAAGACUUGCACUUCGUGGACGGAUGGGCGAUAUCAACGGGCGAGGAGACGAGAGGUCGAAUCAAAGAGGUGCCAAAAGAAGAACCUCCCGAACCACUCGAGAAGGUGAAUGAUAAAUCGUUGGCGACGAUUGGACGCAAGGCGAAGCGCCGAAAGAGAGAGAAGGUGGGCGCCGCGAACGUUGGACGUGGCGCCUUAUCGUUCGACGCGGACUAUUGA